CUGCGGUGUCUGUGAGGUUUGCCUAGUUCCAGAUUGUGGCAAGUGUUCAGCCUGCAAGGACAUGAUCAAGUUCGGGGGUAGUGGUCGCAGCAAGCAGGCUUGCCAGAAGAGGAGAUGCCCCAACCUGGCAGUAAAGGAGGCUGAGGAUGAUGAGAAUGUAGAGGAGGAAGAGUUGUUGCCUGUAAAGGCACCUUCAAAGAAGGUGUCCAAGGCCAAGACUAAGAAGCGGAGCAAUGGCAAGCUGACCUGGGUUGGAGACUCUAUCAAAACUGAGGGGAAGAAGCAGUACUACAUGAAGGCGUGUAUGGACAACGAGGUGCUGGAGUUGGGAGACUGUGUUUCUGUCAGCUCUGAUGACCCAUCAAUCCUGCUCUACCUGGCCAGGAUCACAUCCCUGUGGGAGGAUAACAAUGGGAAGUGGUUCCAUGCCCACUGGUUCUGCCGCGGUACAGAUACUGUACUGGGGGAGUCCUCUGACCCUCUGGAGCUGUUCCUGGUCGAGGACUGUGAAGACAUGCAGCUGAGCUACAUAGAGGGCAAGGUCAACGUCAUGUACAAGGCCCCCUCAGACAGCUGGUUCAUGGAGGGUGGCAUGGUAGAGGACAUCAAGGUGAUUGACGAUGAKAAUGGGAAGAAUUUCUUCUACCAGCUGUGGUAUGAAGGAGACUGUGCCCGCUUUGAGACCCCGCCUACCUCCACACCCCAAGAGGACUGCAAGUACAACUUCUGUGCCAGCUGUAGUAGGGCUGAGGAGAGGGAAGAACAGGAGACUCCUCGGGUGUUUGAACCCAUAAAGGACGAGGACCACGACUCCAAGGCAUUAUAUGCUCUGGCCUGCCUGAAGGGAGAGCAGUUCAGGGUGGGAGACAGCUGCUACCUGCCCCCUGAUGCAUACAACUUCAGUGUGAAGGCAGCCAGUCCAGUGAAGCGUCCUCACAGGAAGGAGGACGUGGAUGAGGAGUUGUACCCAGAGUACUACAGGAAGCAUUCAGACUACAUCAAGGGKUCCAACCUGGAUGCCCCUGAGCCCUUCAGAGUGGGACGCAUCAAGGAGAUCUUCUGCCACAGACGCAGCAACGGGAAGGCUGACGUGUCUGAAGUCAAACUGCGCUUGUACAAGUUCUACAGGCCUGAGAACACUCACAAGGGGGUGAAGGCAGGUUACCACACAGACAUCAACCAGCUGUACUGGAGUGACGAGGAAGUGACAGUCAACAUGUCGGAGGUGCUGGGCCGGUGUCGUGUGGAGUACGGAGAGGACCUGAAUGAGACAGUUCAGGACUUCUCCUCAGGCGGACCUGACCGAUUCUACUUCCUUGAGGCUUAUAAUGCCAAGUCCAAGAGCUUUGAGGACCCACCCAACCAUGCCCGCUCUGCUGUGAACAAGGGCAAGGGGAAAGGGAAGGGCAAAGGUAAAGGCAAAGGGAWGUCGUCUUCUGCUCAGGAGCCUCCAGACCAGGAGCCUCAGGACCCCAAGGUGCCCAAGCUGCGUACCRUGGACGUGUUCUCUGGCUGCGGUGGGCUCUCUGAAGGCUUCCACCAAGCUGGUAUCGCUGAGACUCUGUGGGCCAUCGAGAUGUGGGACCCAGCAGCCCAGGCAUUCAGACUGAACAACCCGGGCACCACAGURUUUACAGAGGACUGCAAUGUGCUGCUAAAGCUGGUGAUGUCUGGAGAGAAGACCAACUCCCUGGGCCAGCGGCUGCCCCAGAAGGGAGACGUGGAGAUGCUGUGUGGAGGCCCUCCCUGUCAAGGCUUCAGCGGCAUGAACCGCUUCAACUCCAGAACCUACUCCAAAUUCAAAAACUCUCUGGUGGUGUCUUAUCUCAGUUACUGCGACUACUACAGACCCAAGUUCUUCCUGCUUGAGAACGUGAGGAACUUUGUCUCCUUCAAAAGCUCCAUGGUCCUGAAACUGACUCUCCGCUGUCUUGUCCGCAUGGGCUAUCAGUGCACAUUCGGAGUCCUUCAGGCUGGGCAGUACGGCGUGGCUCAGACGKGGCGCAGGGCCAUCAUCCUGGCGGCCGCGCCUGGGGAGAAGCUUCCUCGCUACCCAGAGCCCCUGCAUGUGUUCGCUCCCCGGGCAUGCUCUCUCAACGUGGUGGUGGACGACAAGAAAUAUUUCAGCAACGUCACACGAGGUAAUGGCGGUGUGUACAGGACCAUCACAGUCAGGGACACCAUGUCUGACCUGCCAGAGAUCCGCAACGGAGCGUCUGCUCUGGAGAUCUCCUACAACGGAGAGCCCCAGUCCUGGUUCCAGAGGAAGAUCAGAGGCACACAGUACCAGCCCAUCCUCAAAGACCACAUCUGCAAGGACUUGAGUGCCCUUGUAGCAGCCCGUAUGAGGCACAUCCCCCUGGCGCCUGGCUCUGACUGGAGGGACCUGCCCAACAUGGAGGUCCGGCUGAGAGACGGGACAUCAUCCAAGAAGCUCCGCUACACCCACCCAGACAAGAAGAAUGGCCGCAGCAGCUCUGGAGCACUGAGYGGCGUUUGUACAUGUUCAGGAGGGGUGCCCUGUGACCCUGCUGACAGGCAGUUCAACACUCUGAUCCCCUGGUGUUUGCCUCACACGGGGAACCGCCACAACCACUGGGCCGGCCUCUACGGCAGGCUGGAGUGGGACGGCUUCUUCAGCACCACCGUUACCAACCCUGAGCCCAUGGGCAAGCAGGGUCGUGUCCUGCAUCCAGAGCAGCACAGAGUGGUCAGUGUGAGAGAGUGUGCGCGCUCUCAGGGCUUCCCUGAUACCUACCGCUUCUUUGGAAACGUUCUAGACAAACACAGACAGGUUGGUAACGCUGUUCCUCCACCACUCUCCAGAGCCAUUGGACUAGAGAUCAAGAAGUGUGUCUUAGAGCGGAUCAAGGAGGAGAACGAGAAAGAGAACGGGAAGCAGGAAGAGAACCUAAAGCAGGAGAAGAUGGAGGUCUCGGACUAGUGCCUGGCCCUAUUCCAAUCCCCUUUCCACUGAGAAUCAAAUUCCCCGGAGAUCCUGAAGCCCACAUUUAAAUGAGCUGGCCAGUCUGCAGUACCAUUCCAUGUUUAUGAUUUUCUWAAUGUGAUUUUAACCGUGUUUGGAAAGUGAAAAUAAAUUGUAUGUAGUUUUUAUAUGUUGUAAUAUUUCAAAUAAAGCUCUUAUUAAAUGGCA